AUGCCUUGCUCCGUGUUUCCCUUAUACCGCUUCCCCCAUCCCUCCCAAACUUUUGCUGCAGAGGGCGAGCAGGUGAAAGUCCUGACGCGCUCAGUGGAUCGGGCCAAGGAGGUCUUUGCAGGUGAGGAGUAUGGGCUGGUAUUUGAAGGUGCAGGCACAGAGGGAGUGGAGCUGGUGGGGCCGGAGGGGUGGGCAGCAGCCGUGGCAGGCAGUGGGUCGGUGGUGAAUCUGGCCGGCACACCCAUCAGCACACGGUGGAGCCCUGCGAUCAAGGCAGAGAUCAUUUCCAGCCGAGUGGACACGACUGCUAAGAUCGUAGAGGCUAUCAACUCUCUCCCCAAGGACAAGCGCCCCUCUGUUCUGGUCAACACCUCAGCUGUGGGCUUCUAUGUUCUCUUCCGAAUCAACCUCACCCCCUUCUCUCGCCUAUUAACACCCCCCCUUCUCCCCCCUCCUCCCUUCUCACACCAGGUGUGCACCAAGUGGGAGGCAGAGGCGCAGAAAGUCUCUCCUGAUUCGACCCGCCUCGCCAUAAUACGCUUUGGUGUUGUGCUGGACAAGGGGGGAGGAGCGCUGGGCAAAAUGCUGCCCAUCUUCCAGCUCUUUGCUGGAGGGCCCCUUGGGACAGGGCAGCAGUGGGCCUCUUGGCACUGGAUAGCAGUGGUGGUGAGUGGCAUUGCAGUGGUGGUGAGUGGCAUUGCAGUGGUGGUGAGUGGCAUUGCAGUGGUGGUGAGUGGCAUUGCAGUGGUGGUGAAUGGCAUUGCAGCGGUGUUAAUUUUGACAAGGGAUGGAGUUGCGCUGGGAAAGAUCCUGCCCAUCCUCCAGCUUUGA